GGAGAGGGAGAGAAAGAAAUACUUUGGAAGACAAAAUUUCUGCUGGCUUUCCAAGUAACCAUGAAAACCGCCAUCCAAGCCUCACUUAUAUUCCUUUUAGUAACUAUUUCAGAAUGUGCGGUGAUCACUGGGGCCUGUGAAAGAGAUCUGCAGUGUGGAGCCGGCACCUGCUGCGCCAUCAGUCUGUGGCUCCGAGGACUCCGCAUGUGUACCCCCCUGGGGCAGGAGGGAGACGAAUGUCACCCACUCAGCCACAAGGUCCCUUUCUUUGGGAAACGCCAACACCAUACCUGCCCCUGCUUGCCGAAUUUGCUGUGCUCCAGAUUCAUAGAUGGCAGAUACCGGUGUUCAGUGGACUUUAAGAACAUAGACUUUUAGGAAUUAAUCUAUUCCAAGACCCUCUUCCCAUGCUGCCUCUCAAACACAUCUAGGCCCCUCUCCUGCUCUUCAACAAUCCCCUCUUUUCCCCAAGGAGCACCCAUGGUCAAUGUGAAAGCCUCUUCCCUGUAGAGAACACAUUUUUUGCCAUUUGAUGGGGAUCAUGAAGAAUCCUUAUUGCCAAAUCUUUAGUGGACUAAUUCUCUACCCCUUUUUUUUGGCUAGGGAUGCUAAUACUAUCUGACCAGAAAAUUAAGUAUUGACGUGACAUUAAGUUGGGCCAUUUCUGUUUUUCCCCUGUGCAACAGCAUCUCUAGUAGAAAUCUCCAGGUAACAACUGUAUUGAGAGAUAUGUAAAUGAUAAAGGUGUUGCUUUGUUUUUUUCCUUACCCAAUCUUCUUCAAAAAUAAAGCUUUCCCCCCAAUAUUAGUUCUUAACCUCCUUUCCCAUUCUCUCCACUAGAAUAUUCUUCCUUUACAUACAGCAACUUGAAUUCUGCCAACGUAUAGUUUCUGCCAAUACCACCCAAAUAUCCACUCUUUCUAACCCAUCCUGGAGAACAAGUCUCAGAAUCACAGAUUUUUCCCUGUUGCCAUUUACUUGGCUUACAACACUAAAUCCUUUGUCUAAGGAAAAACACUUGUGUCAAGUCCUACUGGUCCGUUGUUUUUUAGGAAGGAAGGAGUUUGAUUAAUGUAACAUAAUUAAAAAUAAACAACAUUCUGUGUUGUCCUACAAAAUAUGAUUUGGGGGAAUCUGAGAACAUUGAUCCUCCCCACCCCCCAUUUUCUGAUAACUAGUUAGUUAGAUGACCUUGAACAAAAUCACUUCAUUUCACAGACUGGUAAGAGUUGAAAUGCCAUCUAAUGCGGGCCUCUUAUUUACUUUUCCAGCUUUGUUUCCUUAUUUGAACUGGAUGAUUUCAAAUUCUUCUCUAGCUGGGAAAUUCUGAUUCUUGAAUUCUCUGCUUCUUUGCCCUUGCAGGAAUUUUAUUAUUAAUGCUUCAUUCUUUUGGAUUAGUAGAACCUCUGAAAAAAAUAAUUCCAUCCUUACAAGUAGCUAAUAUUUUUAAUAGUUAACUUAAAGUAAGUUUUUAUCAGCUUCAUUCCAAGUGACCCCUAACUGGGAGGUUUUGAAAGUACAGAGUGGAGGAAGGAAAGACAUGUUGAAAGGGGAUAUGAGAAGAUAGCAGAGAGAUAAAAUUUUCUCCCUUGCAGGACAGUGCACAGGCCCAAAUGCCUAACCCACACCCUUUUUUGAGUGCUUUAUAAUUUUUUAAAUAUCUAGAACUUAUCAUCUUCAUCAAAACAUGUUGAUUAAAUCUUAUUUCAAAACAUUUUAUAGAAUUACCAAGACAGAGUCUAAAACAAAUUCUCUGAUAUUGAUAAAAUACACUAGCUGCAUAAAGUUCAACUAUAAUUGAAGGCCAGCUAGAUGGCCUUGCAUAGAGUGAUGAGUGUGAUGAGUUAGCUCCAGUUCCUCACAAAUGGAAGCAUAUGACUGGCAAAGGAACUGAGCUGGUCACAGAGUGAGUGACAGCUCAGCUCCCAGCACUGUACCCACCAAAUACAAGACUUCCAUGAAUUCCUUCUUGGACCCUCAGGAGAUCUUUUUUUUUCUCUCUGAGGCAAUUGGGGUUAAGUGACUUGCCCAGGGUCAUACAACUAAGAAAUG